AUUGUAACAUAAAAUGUGUUGUGUUUCUCAGUACAUAUGAGUUGCCCUGCUUUUGCAUUGUGAGAAUUAUGAUAUGGCAUGGCUUAAAACAGUAAAACCUGCAUUCUGGCAGAAGUAUGCGUUUCUAUGUGCAGUUGUUUGCAAAAGCAGCUGUAAAGCUCUCUUCCUGAAAUCUUGGUGGUUUCUAACGUGUCCUAUGUAUCCUCUUUUUUAUUUCAUUUGGAGGUCCCACUGAGCUAAAUUUGAUGUGACCGAUUGCUGAAGAUUUAAACUUUUUUUCCAAAGCUGUUUGUACACACGCUGUAUUUCCAGCAGGGCUGUAGUUUAGACCGUUUUAGUCAAGUCCAGGUCAAAACUAAAUGACUGAAAAUCGAAUUUGACUCAAGACCAACUCUGCAAUAUUUUAGCCUAUUUCAAGAUUGAGAUCAAAAUGUGUUUUUCUAAGGCUACAAUCAUACUGAUUGCCCUAUGUGUAAAUGAGACUAAUGCACAUUUAGAAACAGGUUAGCCUUACAUUCUGUAUAUAUAUUUUUAUUUAAUUAGAAGUUCAUAGCAGACAGUAUUUUAUAACGAAAAUGCAGAUUUUUUAAAUUUAUUAUAAAAGCACUUUUCAGUUUAUAAUUGACUUUAGUGUAUGACUUUAGGUAGGGAUGGUGUUGGUUCAUACAGUUCAGAGAAGGUUGAGUAGCAUAUGUUUUGAUUUAUAAAAACAGUUUGCCCAUGUUUGAAACUUGACUGUUUAUUUACCUGUUAUGGCUAUAUAACAUAUAGGUCACUGUUUGUUAAAUACGGCUUUAAAAAGCUAAUUACCUAUUGUGAAACUGUAUUAUUAUUGAUGUUAUUGGAGAACUAUAACUUUAAUGCUUUAUCUCAAGAAUAGCAGUGCCAGUGAUUAUAAUGGUAGAAAUCAAGGAUUUUUGGCAUUUUAUACAGAUUCCUUGUUGGACUCCACCCACUUCUGGUUUACACCAUACCCACUUCUGGUUUUAUCCAAAUACAAAUAAAAAUAAUUUUGUUGGUUCAACAAAUACAGAUACAAAUACAAAUAGCGUCAUCUUCCUCCACCCCUAAUAUUUACUGUUGAUAUUUUUUCCAUAUUUAUUUAUUAUCUAAUUCCACAAUUACAAUCACACAUGCGCACACAUCCAAUCCCUUCACUGUGGAGGAAGAUGGGGGCACCAACAUAAAUGCAAAUAAAUAAUAUAUAAGUAUACCUGUGCAUGAAUGGUAUCAGAACUGUAACGUCUGACUAAAUUGGAAAUUUGGGCGAGUAAAUUAUAAGAAUAUAACAGUCAUUCAUAUAUUGUUAUGUCAUGGGUGACACAGAAAUACCACUACAUAUGCUUCCUUGUCCAGCACUGAGUACAUGAUCGAUAUUUAUCAGUAGAGGUCAAUAUUGACUCAAAAGGGAGAGGGUUGAGGGUAACAAUCUGUAACGACACAUGUUUCAGGUUUUCUUGGUCGCCAGCAUUUUAGCUUGCUGGUCUGAAUGUUAGAUGAUGAGUCUUAAAGCCUUCACCCCGACGCUGAUUCUCGAGAAGCCAACCACAGGCAAAGAAAGGGACAAGUCCAGCAUCCAGUGUCUCGAAGCCUGCGGCAGGAACCUUUACAUUGGAGGCAAAGACUCUCUCGUCCAGCAUUUCGUCCUCCUGGAUGAGGGUGGGUCGGGAAUGGAAGGGAAGGGCGUGGGCAUUCGGGAGGCCCGGAGGAGGCAGCUGGGUUCGCGGAGCCCCGUCUCGCAGCUGGGGGCCGUCCCGUUCCUGAACCACCUGCUGGCGCUGAGCGACGGGUCCCUCGUCGCGCUGAACAUGUUCUCCCUGGAACCCCUCACCGGCCUGCGCAAGAUCCGGAGCGUCUCGUUCUUCCGCCUCCGCUGGGCUGCCGCGUCUUCCCGGCCGGACCUCGUGGUCCAGCUUUUCACCGCGUCAGCCCGGAGGAGGGCGGUGAGCGUCCACAGCGUGUCAGUGGACCGGUGGGAGUGCCUCAGGGAGGUGGCCCUGCCCCAGGAGCCGCUGGGGCUGGCUGUGGACGGGAGCUGCCUUUGUGUUGCCACGAGCGACAGGUACUUCCUUCACGACUGCGAGGGCGGGGCCACCAUUGACCUGUUCCCGCAUGACCUGCCCAAGCAAGGCAUCAUCGUUGAUGCUAUCGGAAAAGGAGAGUUUCUUUUGCACAGCCCAGGGUCUUUGGGCAUGUUUGUGACGAGUACCGGGGUGUCUCACCGCCCCCCUAUACAGUGGCUGGAGGGGGUCCUGGGGGCUGUAGUUCAUUUCCCCUAUGUGCUGACUCUGAGCAGUGAGGCUCUUCACAUCUACAGCAUGCUGGACCAGAGACUCAAGCAAACCAUUCCUCAGAACAGAGCCAAGGGCCUGCUCUCAACACCAGAAAGGGUGUAUGUUUUCUCGGAAAGAGAGGUGCACAGCUUGAGCCCCGUCGCUAUGGAGGAGCAGAUCAAGGCUCUGGUGGCAAGCGAACGCGUGGACGAUGCUUUGGACUUUGUCCAGGGGGUACAAUCCCUGUUAUCCAAGGACACCUACGAGGUGCUGCACAGAAACCUUACGUGUACAGUGGGAUUUGUAAAGUUCUACGAGGAAAGUUUCUCUGAAGCCAAAAACCUUUUCAUCAAGGGCAAUCUGGACCCGAGAGAAAUCAUUACCCUGUACCCCGAGCAGCGUCUUCUCUGCGAAGACUUCAUAUCCCAGCAUACCCCAGUCUUCAACGCUAAAGACCUCAGGGCACUGAAAGAGGACCGUGCCACAUUUGAGCGAUACCAGAGCUUCCUGACAAACUUCCUGAGGGAGGUGCGGUGGGCUGACCAGAGCCGCGACUGCCGCCAGGAUGUUGACGGAGCGCUCCUGAAACUUUACGUGGGGGGAGAAAGUGACGCAGACCUUGUGGAACUCCUGUCCUCAGCCAAUGAUUGUGUUCUCAGUACGUGUGUGCCCUAUUUAGCACACCACAAAAGAUUCUAUGCCCUUGGUCUACUGCAUCAGAGCCAUGGCCAAGAUGACAAUGCGAUCCAGACCUGGGUGGAUAUCGUGGAUGGCAAUGCUCCAGAUGCUGUGAGUUCUGUUGCUUAUGAGCAAGUCGUAAAUUCACUCAGCCGACAGAAACGCGGACAGCUCAUCUGGAAGUUUGCUGACUGGGCUCUGCAGAAGAGCCAGGAGGUAGGGGUACAGAUCUUCACCAGGAGAGAGGAAGAUCAGGAUCCACUUGAGGAGGAAGAAGUCCUAAGCUUUUUGAAAAAGUAUCCCCUGGCUUUGGUGCUGUACCUGGAACAUUUGAUUUUCACUCUGAAAAGCAAGAAAGAGAGGCACCACACCCUUCUAGCCAUGACUUACAUCACACAGGUGCUGGAGGUAACGGAGAAGGGAGAUGGUUCAGACAGAACUUCAAACUCAACCAGGGACAAACUGCAACAAUUCCUGUGGAAGUCAACCUUAUACAGCACUGUUGCACUUCAGGAACAAAUCCAGGGGACUUCCCUUCACUUGGAGAGAGCCAUCCUGCAUGGGGUUGCUGGGGAACACCGCAAAGCCCUGCAGCUACUAGUUCACUGGGAGAAGGAUCUGAGGGCCGCAGAAGACUACUGCAGGACAGUAACAAGCAACCAACCCAAGGAAUUUGGCAACUCCCUCUACCAUGCCCUGCUCGACAUCUACUUGGACUCACCCCAGCUGGCAACCAAUGCUGCGGACCUACUGAACCACAACGCUGAAGCCUUUGAUCCGGUUGCUGUCCUCCGGGUGCUGCCCGAGGCGUGGUCAAUGCCCAUGGUGUCCAGGUUCCUGUCUGAGGCCGUGAGAGGAUUGGUCCACCGCAGGAAAAUGGGAGGGGUGGAGAGAAACCUAGCAAAGGUGGAGCACUUCAGGCACAGAUGCACAAGGACCACACUCACUCAAGGGAUGAUUAGAGUGGAGAGAGGCCAGGUCUGCCAGAGGUGUGGGAGAUACCUAAAUGAACCAGAGUUUAUGCGCAGUCUGAAAGGAGAACUGAUUCACACACAUUGCUGGAAUAAAUGAGCAGCCACCUGCAUGACUACAGCACUCUGGACCACACGUUCAUACCCACUCGUAAACUCUCACUUACAUGUAUAUUUGCCCAUGCACACACACACACACACGCAUGCAAGCACCCACAUUACUUCAGCAUCCUGACACCAGCAUGCAAAAGUAGGUCAUCUCUCCCAAACAUGCUCACUCAAAUAAACGCAUGCACAUACACUCAAGGAGGUGCACAGACCAACACACAUCACUGACAUAGUGUCCUAUGCUCACAUAAAUACAGUCCGUAUUUCUGCUGCCCAAUUUAAAUAAUUGCAGUACACUGUAAAAAUCCAGUGAAAGUGACUGGUUGCCAGUAAGUUACUGUAAAUCAUUUUACAGUGUUAUUGCUGUAAUGUGAAACACAGUAACCAUUACUUUACUGUAAAUCCAAACACUGUAUAACACUGUAAUUGCUCAUUGUAAAACACAAAUCAGUACUGUAAAGUCUAUGUAACGACCAAGCGCCUAACAAGGCUUAAACUUUGGUCUCCAGGAUACGAGUUAGCCAUGCUAACCACUGCGCUAAAAAUGAAUUAACCUGUAGCAGUGCAGUUGCGCAGCCCUCCCGGUGGUUCACUCCACUACAUACUCUCUUGCAUGCACGCCACUCACUGGGUGCGAUCCUUGCGUUUCGAAGCCGCACCUUCCCAAUCCCACUCUGACACCAAAGUGGUGAGCAAUGAACUGGAGAGGCUUGAACUGGGGUCUCCCGAGUGUGCAGCCAUGCAAACCACUGUACUAAAGAAAAAUUCACAAUACAUAUACAACACAAUCUGCCUUACAUUUGUGAACAGUGUUGGCUUAUGCACAUUCACUUUAUACAAUGCUAUUGUAAUGUGGUAGAAAUGUGUUCAAACGUUACAUAAUGAAUUCACACCCACCACAAUAAGUUUUUUUUUUUUUUUUUUUACUACUGGUCCUGUUCUCUAACUAUUAAAAAAAAAAAACUCCUCACUCAGUUAGCCAACAGCAGUCAAUGUGGACCAAAUUGUGAAGGAUUUUUUAUUGCGUUGACACAUCAGCCAUUUAAUGACCACUGCUUCCAAAAUUCCUGAAUUCUUUUCUCACUCAAACUCAACCACCAGCAGAACUGUAUAUAUCUACAGCCCAUUUUGCAAAUGUUUACAUACUCUUUUCAAAACCUAAAAUAAAAAAACUAAAAUGAAGAGCAAUUUCCUACAUCAUUAAAUUGAAAUUAAUUGAAAUGCAUUCAAAAUUCUAAAAAGUAGAUAUGUUUAAAAACAUGGUGAAAAAGUUGUUUAUUGAAGUUAUGUGAAUGAAACCUAUCACAGCUGAUUCCCAUCCCAGUUGGGGACCUGUCCUCAAUCUCAUUAUCAUCUACACAGUAAAAGGAGACAUGUUUGGGAUUAUUUUUUUAGCAUAAUAAUGAAAUCUGCAAGAGAUGGAGGAAUGACUGACAAAGGAGGAAGAGUGGCGAGGGAAAGGAGUAUGCAUGCAUGGUGGAAGACACCAAAAGAGAAGACCAAGAGCUGAAGUCUCAGAUGAGACAAGGGAUGGUACAAUUGAGCAUGUGGUAAAUCAUGGUCUAACAAUGAGAGAGGCUGAUCUGAGGGUGCAGCCAAAUCUGGACCGCUCAACACAAUUGUGAGAAUUUUUCAGUGAACUAACGGGUAAGAUUAUGCAAUCUGCAAGGGCAUCUGACUGCGCUCCAUACUAGAUAAACAGUAAAUUCUUAACAAAACAUUUCUUAACAAAAAAAAAAAAACUAAAAUAGCUCCUUUAGGCAUAAUCAAUUCAACAUGAAAUUAGUUGUUAGAAUGUCGAUGGCACUUCCCUUUGGUUAUGUGCCUGCCAGGCAUAUUUUUGGGCUCUGUUGGUAUAGCGUUUUGAUUGAUUUUAUUCAGGUUGGUCUCUCAGGACUGCCAGCACUGUACUUAAUAAAAUCAACCUUACUGUUUAAGGAA